CGAGUGUUCGAGGCGCACUUGUCGCUGGUCGGGGCUGGUACGAGUGCAAGUGUGGGACGGCGGGUGUGCGAGCGUCUUUGCCUGGGGUUGAGUGGAGGGUGUAGGGUCGUGCGUCUUGGGGCGGAGCACCACAGUCAUCCGGUUGUUUCGGUGUGAACCUGAGCAGUAGGCGGGGUCGUGCUGGUGGCAAUUACGAUUUUGGUGAGUUCGAGGUUGUCGUCAUGAGCACCGGCUUUGGUUCGGCCCCAGCGACGGGCUUUGGUUCGGCCCCAGCGACGGGCUUUGGCACGGCUGGAAGCAUGCAGGCUACACGCGCUGCAACCACGUUUGGAGCGCCGGCGGCCACGAGCACCGCAGGUACCACCGGCUUUGGCGCAAAACGCUCGCCGGCCGUGGGCUUUGGUACACCGGGGUCGGCCCCGGCCACGGGCUUUGGCACGACCACCGGAUUUGGCACGCCUGGCGCCGCCACAACCACGGGGUUUGGUGCAACCAGCACCUCAACUGCAGGGUUUGGCAAGCCUGCCACUGGCUUUGGCUCCACGGCCACGUCGGGCUUUGGCGUGGGUGGCUUUGGUCAGCAGCAGCAGCAGCAGGCUCAGCAACAGCCACAGCCGCAGGGUCCGCAACGCUACAUCCCGGCCGAGUAUCACGUCCAGCGACACGGCGAUGCCCGCGAUGACACAAUCAAGCGAUUCAAUCACAUGCAGGCCAUGUGGGGCCACGGAACCUUUUUCCUGUCCACAGGCCAGCCCAACCAGGCAGAUACUGCCAAGGUGCCCAAGGAAUCGAGUUAUAAUGCUUUCAAGACUGUGGCCUACAACCUUUUGCCACGCCAGGGCGACCGAGAGGGCCGCAUUGGCAUUAUCAUCAAUGGCAGCUACGAUGAAAUCAAGGAGAACGUAAAAGCCAUCGAAUCCCAUCUUCAGAACAAGGUUUUGAAGCAACUACUCAAGCCGUUGCAAGAGGUCUACGUCGAUUCGGUGCGCAUGACCCAGGAGGGCAAGGUGGAGCUGAUUUUCCAAGUACUGGAUCGCACAAAAAAGCCUCUGCGCGCAAGCAAGAUUGAUGAGUUUUUGGCCGAGGCUUACAAGGCUGGCGCCUCGGCCACCGGCGCGACCACCUCUGGGCUGGGUGGCUUUGGUAAGCCGACCACGGGGUUUGGCAAGCCAACGACAGGCUUUGGUGGCGGUGGGUUCGGCUCUACUGCCAAAACCGGCUUUGGCACCAGCACAUUGGGAGGCACGACCGCAGCUGGUGCAGGUGGUGCCAAGCCGCAUCACAAGGAUAUUCAGGAGGGCCUGCAGAGCUUGGGAUGUGAAACCAAGUACAAUGCUCAAGCCCAGCGCUUUGACGUCAAGGGUUUUUAUCCAGUUGUUGAGCGCACACGCGAGCAGGUGCUAGAUGCACUGAAGCGGCCCGACGGGAUCCCAUCUGAGCUCUGGGCAUAUGCGCGCAAGGCCAAUCCUGAUCCGGAGCGCUACUUCCCCGUUCCCAUCUUUGGAUUUGACGGCCUGGCGCGGCGCAGCCAAAUUCAGGACGAGGAGCUUAGUUAUCAUCGCGAACGUUUGACGGGCGAUUUUGAUGAGAGCAUUCAAAGCAGCUUGCAUCAAGUUGUGAGCCGUCAGGACUUGCUCAAGGGCAAGAUUGACGAACUGCAGCACAAUGCCGUGGCCAUUGGUUCGCGCAUCUUGCGGCUGAUGCGUUUUGCUGCCCGUGAGGACCGCCGCAUGACUUUGCAAGAUCUCAACACCAUUGGCAACCGCUUGGGCGCCAUGACGCGGCAAAUCGACGAAUUGCAGCAGGGUCGCGUCAGCGAACUCAAGGCCAAAUUGGAACUGUCACCGCUGCGGUCGACUAGCACUGCACAUGCCAGCUUGCCCACAGCGACCAUCAAGCACAUUAUGAAUCACUUACAGUUGCAGCAGCGAGGCAUCGAUGCCCUUUUGCAGACGCUGCAGGAGAGCGGCGAAAAGAUUCAAAUCAUGCGUGAAGGCUACAGCCGCCUAGCGUAGAGACUUCCUGACGUCCUCUAUCUGCUUCCUUGCUCGGGCCUCUCCGCCAAGACACAUGCAUGGGGCCAGCCAUCAAUCGAGACAAAGAGACUUU